AUCAAGUUAAUAGACUGUUCUGUUCAAGUCUGUGCAAAGUUAGCUUCUACGGACUCUAUCCACUCAAAAAUGCCUUUGCGGGCUUCUUCUCUGCUUAUAUCUAUUGUCGAAUAGCAGUACUGAUAGUUCCGCUACUUGACGCUAGAUGUAGACUACGAAGACAAUAGUCUUUUUGGUAACAAAACCCAUGUAUGGAGUGAGCACUCUAUUUCUUCUUUAUUCUCUUUCGAAAUGAGGGAUCUAUAUAGUUGUUUUUAAAGUUUGACAAUGAGUUAAUGCUAGAACUGAUUAGAACACCUGUGUCAACGAACCUUGACGCCCUUUGGGCCACAGAGUAUAAAUACCGGUCUCAGCCUGCUAAAGACAUUGGAAAAAAAGUCCAUCAUGGUCGCUAUCCAGAUCGUCACUCUUCUCGCCCUGGUUGCUUUGGCAGCAUCGAAGCCACAUUUGGGAGCAGGAGGAGCUCUCAAUGUCGGACUUAGCGUCGCGGAACAAGCUCAAGGUGUCGGUGGAGCCGGACUUGGCGCUGGACUUUCCGCCGCUGGACAAGCUGAAUGUGCCGGUAAAGCCGGACUUGGCGCUGGACUUGGCGCCGCCGGACUAGCUCAAAAUGCCGCUGGAGCCGGACUUGGUGCUGGUCUUGGCGCCACCGGACUAGCUCAAAAUGCCGCUGGAGCCGGACUUGGCGCUGGACUUGGCGCCGCCGGAGUAGCUAAAAAUGCCGCUGGAGCCGGACUUGGCGCUGGACUUGGCGCCGCCGGAGUAGCUAAAAAUGCCGCUGGAGCCGGACUUGGUGCUGGACUUGGCGCCGCCGGACUAGCUAAAAAUGCCGCUGGAGCCGGACUUGGCGCCACUGGACUAGCUAAAAAUGCCGCUGGAGCCGGACUUAAUGCCGCCGGUCAAGCUGAAUGUGCCAGUAAAGCCGGACUUGGCGCCGCCGAACUAGCUAAAAAUGCCAGUGGAGCCGGACUUAAUGCCGCCGGUCAAGCUGAAGGUGCCGGUAAAUCCGGACUUGACGUUGGACUUGGCGCCGCCGGUCAAGCUGAAGGUGCCGGUAAAGCCGGACUUAGCGCCGGACUUAAUGCCGCCGGCCAAGCUGGAGGCGGAGCAAAAGUUGGACUUCAUCUCGCCAGCGGACUUACAAGCAGAGUUGUAAGCAGCGGAUUAGGGUCAGGCUGCUAAAUGUACCUAAGAUCUGUUAACAAUAAAAAAUAACCCUUAGUAA